AUGUCACUGCCGUUCACACAUGCCGUGCUGCUGCAGCUGCGAGGAGAGCAUAUACCCGGUGACAGCAUGCACCCGGCUUCCCCAGCAGUCACCCGGCCGUCCUCAGGGAGAAGAAGCAGCCGGCUGUGUGCGGGCACAGGACACUCUGGCGGCGGCGGGGGGAGCUGCAGCCUACUCGCACCACUGUGUGACUCUAUUACAGAGAAGACGCCACAGAGCGCAGUGAAUGCCGGUAGGGAGCGCUGUAGGGAGCAGUGCAGUGAGGAGGCGGCUGCACAUGCUGCAGAUGGCUGGCACGCAGCGCCGGGCAGAGGGCUUCCUGCACACGCCGGGCAGCAGCAGGCACAGCACGGAGGCAUCCCUGGGCAUGGGCUCUACCGUGCGGCUUGAGAUCCGGAAGCACAUGCAGAGCGCCAGCCUGAUAUUGGGGAGCCUGGAAGGCAAACGAUUUCCAAUUGACAUUUCAGUAACUCGGUCGUCCUUGCAGAUCCAGUCCCCCGAUAACUGCGAGGAUCUUCAUUUACCACAGGAGGUCAAGCUAGUUCCUUCCACAUGCAGAUAUGUACAGUACUACUCUGGUGAAGGAUUACAUGUGCGGUUAAAGGCUGAAGUUGACUGCACUACAGAACUGAUUCCAACUUUGAAGGAAAUCCUGAAGUGUGAAGACAAAAACACAUUUUACUGCCAGUCAUGUGGAGAUGUCCUAAUCCAGGAACAAAAGUUUCUCCGAGUCCUCCCUUUGCCUAGUGAGAACUGGAGCUCUCUGGUUGAAGAAUGGUGCUGCCACCCUGAUCCCUUUGCCAGUCGAAGUUGCCUUCCCAAGGUUAACGACUGCUUUCUGGGAGACACGUUCCUUUUGGUGAAUAAAGCAAAUAUUUCAGACCCCCCUGGAGAGACUAAUGAGAUGUCAGAUGUUCCUCAUCCAGUUGAUGCUAAUGUCUCAAAAUCAAAGGAAAAUACCAAAGUCGUUUGCAAGCGUUGCAAAGCAAUACUGGGAGAGACUGUGUCAUCAGACACUGUUAAGUAUUACAUCACUGAGGUAAUGAUUCUUCCAUCGUGUCAAGCAUACACCAUGAUUUCAAGGAAUCAGUUUGUGGAGCGUAUGAUUGUCCAGCUCCUUAUGGAAUUCUCAGCUUCUAGAAGCACCUUCAGGUUCUGUGUUCAAGGUCAAGAUGGCAAACUCUUCCUCUUGCUCUGGCUGUUAAAUAUUGACACGUUAUUGGUGGAAUCAACAAAAUGUGGACAAGGCAAUUCCUACUUUUUCUCUGGAAAUACAUCCAACAACUCAGCAGAGGUCCUAGAAGUCCAUAAUGUGGCAAGGAUACUGUACACGCCAUGUAUUUACAGAAGCAACACAGAGCUUGUGGAUAAAUGGAUGAAUGAAACUGGGGCUCAUGUGCUGACGUUCCCAUCAAGUACCUGCUUAGAACUUAUCUUGCUGCUCUCUCUCAACAAUGCUGCCUUGCCUCAGUCCUUUCGUUUCAUGAACAACUGGCAGGUAGCCUACUUGAAGAUAUGAGGAACUAAUCUCUAACACACCAUGCUCAUUAUAAUUUGGAUAUUGCUAUUCUCCAAGUAAACAAAUGAUUUGAAGAAUGCAAAUUACCUAAAUGGCAAAACAAGUUGUCUCAUAAUGUGAAACAUAGACAAGUAGCUGUGGAUCUCAAGCACAUUUAGUGUAUUUUAUUCAGUGAUCUGUGGAGUCAACUAGUAAUAAGAAACAUUACCAGUAGUUCCACUGCUAUCUUGUUAUUGAAUUAUCUUUCUUACGGUGCCCAUACACCUAAAGAUUUAUCUUCCAAUCUGGCUGGUUGGAACGAAAAUCUGGUAUUAUAUGGGAGCAAAUGACAGUUGACCAUUUAAAAUGGUCAACUGUCAUUUGUUGCUGCCAUCCAUUACUAGAUGUUCAUUCCAACCAGUCAGAUUGUAAAAUAAAACUUUAAGUGUAAGGCACCUUUAGUUUCACCUGGUCUGUCUUCGACUUUGUUUGUAUCAUGCUGAAUCUUUACGAUAACCAGUGACUGUUACAGCAUCAUCCAUGCCCCUAUAGCAGUCGGCUCUUUCCUUAAAUCACUGUUAGUUCUAGUAGGAGAGAGAGCUUCUGUAAGACUAGGGCUAUGACAUAAAAAUGAGUGCUGCAUAGCUCCACUUGUCUUAAAACAGCCUUGAUCCAUCUACCUAUACAGAUGACCCUAUUGAUCUACUGCAUCAAGAUUGCAGUAUACACACCUCCUGAAAACAUGCAUAAUAGUCAUGUUGAAAGCCAUGGCCACAAGAAAAUACACCUAGGAGUGGUGAAGUACAAACCAGUACACAAAGCACCAUGGGUAUCCAGAUCAAGACUUUACUGGCAGUUCACAAGGAAUCUCAUCAUUGUUUUCUGAUUUUAAUGAUAAUGUACAUUAUUUUGUAUAUUUUGUUUCAUGAAAUAAAGCAAAACAUUAAUAUUAAA